UUUGACAAUUUGUUAUCGUAAAAAACAAAUUGAUGUCAGUUUUUAAUGCGUCUGUCCUGUUAUUGACAAUGAACUUCGUCACAACCCUGUCAAAGUAGGCUAUCGCCUCGUGGAUCCAAAGCUACUUUGACAAUGUUAUGAUGAAAUGUAUGAUGAAUAACAGGACAGACGCAUGUAAAACUGACGUCAAUUUGUUAAACUGCAUAUCAGUGGCUCGUGCAGUAAGAAAAUGGAGCGUUUUUCUUUACAGCUGAGCUCACUAGUUUUCGUGAAAAAGAGUUUAGUGUCCUAUCAGUUUUUCUCAUGAGUCAAGCAAUCAUCUUUUUUCAAUAAAAUGAAUAGAUCGAGACGGAUUUCUUUGGCAAAGGAAUCUGAUCACCUUAUACCUUAAAAAAUAUCGCAAGACAAGAGAGGAUGGAGGGUAAGAAUAUUUGUCCCCUCCCAUGGUAAUCCCAGUAGAGGGAGAGAGGCAGAAGAUGGGUUUUGCCAUGCACCUGGAAUGAAGCUGUCACCGUUGCGAGAGACAGCAGAUUGGAGGAGACAAGUCAAAGGGAGAGCUAGGAGCUUUGACGAUGAUGAAUCCCACUCAAGUAAUUUUUAGAGCCCUGCCAGUUUCUGAAUUUCCAGAAGCGUCUAGAAAUAGCCGAUCCAUUGACGCGGGUUCUGCUCACAUGGAUAGCGCAAGCGGCUAACAAGCAUUUUCACAUUCAACGAAAACAUCCACGCGACGCUCAUGGUAACAUGGUCCGCGAAAGAACGUACCAUGGUACCUUGCCUAAAAAUAACUUGAGAGGAAUUCUGAAAUAGUCAUUUUCACAAUCCAGUACUCAAACUGCCUUUAACAAACUUGAGAAGGAACAAAUUCAGGUCUUUUUUAAUUUCCAUCGUGGUUAGUUUCCCCAUCUCCCUCCCCUUUGAACGCCGGCCACACAGGCUUAUUCACACCCACUAUGCCCCACUUCCGCCGCCCUACGAACGAGAUCAGCAAUUCCUUGGGGGAAUGAGUCCAGGAAAACAUUGGACAUUUGUAGGGGAGCCGAAGGGGAGAAGUGUUUUUCACGGAGAGCAUCAUAAAAAGCACUACAGGAAACUCUUCCGUCGGGGCAUCUUCGGAGACCCAGACGCAGAUGGUCGGGAGAGCUCUCUCAACCGUUCUCUUUAACUUUUAGGAGUAAAGAAUGGUAAAAUCCGAGACGGCGAGACCCUAGUUUAAAUUGCGAGACCGAGACUUACCUACAGUUGAACCACCGGUUGCGAUCACCUCUCGCAAGCGACCACCUCUCCUCGGCGACCAGUUUUCCAAAAUACCAAAAGUUUUUAAGUCAAAUCACUACAUUUGGAACUUCUUGUAAGCGACCACCGCUUUUAAGCGAUCGCGACCACCUUUAGAACGUAAGCGACCAUUUGACAGAUAACAAGGCAGAAAUUGGAUAAUAAGAUGUUGCAACAUUAUCGCAUUCCUGGAUAGUGGAGGAGACGGUAAUUUCCCAAUGGGAAGUACCAGAUUUUUUUCAAUAUUGACGUUUCUCGUGAAUAAAACUUUUAAAACAUGGGGUAAGUCCGGCUCUGCAGUUACCAUAUGCUAAUGAAGCAAAAGUUUGACCCAAUAUGAUCCAAGCUCUCGUAACCGGCCUCCUCCCGUAAACAGCCACCAAGGCUUGACAUUUUAGGUGGAAGCUUGCGGGAGGUUCGACUGUAUUAGCUACUUUGGCACCCACCCCUUUCGGCCGUUUGACUUCCUUCUGCCCGACCAGCUUUGCCAUCUCCGAAGAUGCAAGCUAAAUCGAAUGUAUGGACCAGUCCGUCGGGACAGAAAAAAAUAGCUCUGGAGCAGGGUGUGGAAGUAGGUAAGUUUAGGUAGCUCACGGAGGUAGCCUCACAUCGCAGAUGCCUUUGAGACCUUUGAGCUGGUCACGCACAAAUGGAGAAAAUAGUACGUGACGGCAAGUCGCAUGUCAGUUCCUACAUGACGGUCACGAGGGUCAUGAGUUCUUGAACAAAUAAUGCACGAUCAUAGUCACGACUUUCUAUCACUAGCCGUUUUUUCAAAACUUUUGCAAGGCAUUAGCACAAGCCAGCAGGCAGAAUCGACCGCAAAUUUAUCGAUACCACUAUCGCCGUCAAGUUGCGUCAACCUAAUUGGUUCCUAGUCUUUGCUGUUUAGCUGCGCGGUCAAUUUAAAAUGUGCAAGUGCAAAUGCAACAUGGCCACCUUGGUGUACAUGUGGUCGCUUCUUUGCAGUUUAAUGGCUGUGUUUUUGCUUGUUACAAGUGUGAAUGGAGUCGCUUCACCUCCACACAUACUUUUUGUUGUAGCUGAUGACCUUGGCUGGAGUGAUGUUGGAUUUCACGGCUCAAAAAUCCAAACUCCAAACCUUGACAAGCUGGCUUCGGAAGGAGUCGUGCUCGACAACUAUUACGUUCUUCCGAUUUGCACUCCUACGAGAAGCGCUUUGAUGACUGGAAGGUAUCCCAUCCACACUGGUUUGCAGCAUUUAGUACUGUUUCCAGAGAGCCCUUAUGGAAUGCCACUUGACUUUACCAUUUUACCCCAGAAGUUCAAAGAAUCAGGUUAUGCAACUCAUUUAGUUGGAAAAUGGCACUUGGGCUAUUACAAGUGGGCAUACACACCUACAUAUCGUGGGUUUGAUACAUUUUAUGGUUUUUACAAUUAUGGAGAAGAUCACUUCGCUCAUACAAUGAAAGACAUAUUAGACUUCAGAGACAACAAGGAACCAGUAAGAGAUCUGGAUGGAAAAUAUGGUACUUUUGCCUUUGCAGAGCGAGCUCAAGACAUCAUCAAGACGCACAAUGCAUCAAAGCCCUUGUUCUUGUAUAUGGCAUUCCAGAAUGCCCACGAGCCAGUUCAAGCACCCCAAAAGUAUACAGACAAAUACAGUUUUAUUGAGGAUGAAACUCGUAGAACAUAUGCUGGUAUGGUAGAUAUCAUGGAUGAAGCUGUUGGCAACAUCACAGAGGCCAUGAAGGAAGCUGGGCUGUGGGACAACACCUUAAUGAUUUUCACAUCAGAUAAUGGUGGAUGGCAUGACUAUGGUGGAUUUAACUGGCCACUCCGUGGAGAGAAGACUACGCUGUGGGAGGGAGGGGUGAGAGGUGUCAGUUUUGUUCACGGGAACAUGCUUGGUAGAAGAGGAGUCAAAUGUAAAGAGCUCCUGCAUGUUACAGACUGGUAUCCAACAUUGGUGAACCUUGUAGGUGGGAAUAAUUAUGAUCAAUCACCAACACCCCUGGAUGGUAUGGAUGUAUGGGACACCAUUUCCCAGGGUGAGCCUUCACCGAGAAAGGAAAUACUUCUCAACAUUGACCUGAAGAACACAACCAAAGAAGAUGAGUUGAGCGUCACUUUCGUUGAGGGAAUAGCUUUCAGAAUGGGUGACAUGAAGCUUCUUAUGAAUGUACCCAAUGCAACCUGGUAUAAACCUCCAGAACUUGCUGGGGAACCUGUCAAGGAACAAGACACAACUAAAAGCAAGGGCACUACAAGAGUUGCAAAUGUUGCUUUGUACAACAUCACUGCUGACCCAACAGAGCAUGAAGACCUCAGUGAGAAGCUUCCAGAGGUGGUGAAGGCAUUACAAGAAAGAGUGCGAUACUACACGAAGGGAGCAGUGCCACCGCUGAAUAAGCCAGCUGAUCCUGAGGCACUCAUUAAAGCGAAAUCAGAGGGAGCCUGGACUCCCUGGCAAGAUUAAAGGAACCCUUGGCAACUGUGUUACAGGUAUUGCAAUAUUUGAUCGAGAAUAAUAAGGUUUGAAUUAUACAAUUGAGUAUAAUUGAUAAGUUAUGAAUUAUGCAAUUGAGGAUAACUAGGUUUGAAUUGUACAAUAAUUGAGAAAUAAUAAGUUUUAAAAUAUUUGAUUGAGAAUGGUUUAAUAAGAUUACAGUGAAACCUGUAUUAAGCGGA